AAAUGUAAUAUUUAACACUUCUGAUCUGAUUUUCAUGCAGAUGAUGGUGGUGGAAUGGAUCCUGAAUCUCUCCGGAAAUGUAUGAGCUUGGGUUAUUCUUCGAAGAAAGCAAACACAACAAUUGGACAAUAUGGCAAUGGAUUCAAGACAAGUACCAUGAGACUAGGUGCUGAUGCCAUUGUUUUUAGUCGUGCAAUUCGUGCAAGCAAAGCAACACAGAGUGUGGGUCUUCUAUCUUAUACAUUUCUGCGGAAAACUGGGCAGGAUGAUGUGAUUGUUCCAAUGAUUGAUUUUGACGUUUCUGGUCAUUGGGUGGAACCAAUAAUUUAUGGCUCACGGGAAGAUUGGUACUCUAACUUGAAAACCAUCCUCGAAUGGUCACCCUUUGCUUCAAAGGAGGAGUUGUUGCUUCAGUUUGAUGACAUUGGACCUCAUGGAACAAAAAUAAUUAUCUACAACUUGUGGCUCAAUGAUGAAGGCAUAUAUGAACUGAGUUUUGACGAUGAUGACGAGGAUAUACAACUAAGAGAUGAAUCAAAUUCUGGAGUUACCAAAUUAUAUAAAAGAACAGUGGAACUCCACUCCCAUAUUUCUUACCGCAUUCGCUAUUCAUUGAGGGCAUACGCUUCCAUGUUGUACCUCAGAAAAUUUAACAACUUCAAGAUUAUAUUAAGGGGGAAGCCUGUGCAGCAGUUUAAUAUUGCUGAUGAGUUAAAACAUUCAAAAGUUGUGGCAUACAAGCCCCAACUAGCAGCUGCAUCAAAAGAGGUUGUUGUGGAGACUACCAUUGGUUUUAUAAAAGAGGCACCUGCUCUUGGAGUUUGUGGAUUUAACGUAUACCACAAAAAUCGCCUAAUCAGGCCUUUCUGGAAAGUCACCAGUGAUGGUUCUUCAAAAGGGAAUGGUGUCGUUGGUGUUCUUGAAGCAAACUUUAUUGAACCAGCACAUGACAAGCAGGAUUUUGAGAGGUCCUCACUGUUUGUCCGGCUGGAAUUGCGGCUGAAACAAAUGAUAAUGGACUACUGGAAAAGCCACUGUCACUUGGUUGGACAUCAGCCUCCACGUUCCAGCCUGCAAAAUGCACAAAUGGUACACACUGUUCAGCCUCCUCGUGGACCUGCAGGAAAUAUGCAGAAGCAUUUGUCUGUUCAUCAGCAUAACACUGGCCACCCAUCUAAUAUUCAAGAAGUUCACAUGGACCAAUCUAUUGUUGGCCUCCCAGCAAAUGUGCAGCAGAAUUUGAGAAAUGUGCCACCUGGAUUUGAAGCUGUCCUUACUGAAGCCACUUCUGAACAAGAUCUGGCCCUGGGAUCUAUAUCAAUUGAUCAAUUGUGUGAGGAGAACAUACAACUUUUUAUGAGGUGUGAAGAGCAUGCGCAGAAGGAGUCUGAGUUGAAACAGACGAUUGAAGAAUUAGAGAAGCAGUUGGAAGAAGCAAAAAAGAAGCGUGCACAACUAGCCAUUCACCUGGAAGCUAGAAAAAGGGAAAAGGCCUUGAAACAGCAAACUCAGAAGGUUACAUAAAAAUCCUCCAGUACCAAGCACUUCCCGUCACGUAAAUGCUGUUUACUACAUAUGCAGUUGAGCUUAUAUGUAAGGUGCAAGGCCAUGUGAAGCUUGUUUUCGCUCUCCUCUUUGGAGGGCACAGCAAAAUUAGACAGGCAAAGCCAAAAUUUCCCUAACCAUCUGUCUUAAAUGGAAAGGAAACAUAGUUUUCUUAUGGUUGCACCAGAUCUCAUGCACUAUUUAAUAGGUGCGUUCAAUGCCU